AUGCCUGGCACUGCUGUUACAGUGACUGGAUUCAAAAGCAAGAAUUUCUCCGCUCAUCACUUUCAGUGUGUGUAUAUUGUUGAUCCACGUAUAAUGCAGCUAAAACUUCUGAGAAUUGCUAAAAUAAUGGUUGUAAGAAAAAAUUAUUACGAAGAAGCCACAGAAACAUACAUCGGCUGCUAUCGAGAAGUUGUUGAAGUGAACGCUGGCAUUGUUGACUCCUACGAAGGCUGUAAAAUGUUAUGCCGGAAUGAAGUUACGUCCUACAUAGCUUUGCAUAUUUUCGCCGGGCACCAUUCGAAUUCCGCACCACGCGGUCCCGAACCGCGUCCGCAUACGAAUAUCCACCCGAGCCUUCGCUUCGGCGGAGUCUUUCCUGGCCGGGAUCCGCCACUCUACAAUAGACCCUCUCAGGGUCUGAAAACACGGGCCGGGCGGAAGUUUGUUCGCGCCCUGCUUGUUGACUAG